AUGUGUUUUUACAUCAUUGGUGAUGUCCCUGCCAAGUGCUGGCUUGGAGGAGUUACUCCUGUGAAUCCGGGCAGGGCCGUGACUUGCUAUAACUGGGGGGCACGAUACAUGGUUCUUCCAGCGCAGCUGUCAUUAGCUGUAUACCUAAACAUGUCCACUAAUCCCUCUAGUCCGCAAUCGGCCCAGAAAUUAUCCAGAUCAUGGACGCUUUGCAUAUGGAUCGAAGAGCCUGCGCAGGGAGCAUGGAUAGUCCACACAUCGAUACUCCGAAGUCGAUCAAGUUCAAGCAUGGCCUCCUGGGCCGCAACUUGCCAGGGCAGACAAGCUUGCUUGAUGCAGUAUCCCAGUCAUACCAAUGGGAGCUUCGGGUCUUUUUUACCGACCUGUGCCUGGCCCGGAGAGCGGCGCUCUGGAACUUCUGAUGGGGCUGUCGGAUCUAUAGGAAGUAUCAUGUCUCGCUGCCGGGAUCUCACCGGUGAAACGGACUGUCCGGAUUACUAUCUAAUUGGAUCAUGCGGCAGGAAUUCAUCGAUUCGCAUCGGACCAACCGCUGCACUCCUGCCUUAUGGAAUGAUAUCCACUAAUCGGUCCUUAGGCACGUCGAGCAACAGAUCUCCAGACUGUCAAGUUGCGUCUCUCUCUUUGUUUUGUUUACGGCAGAGCAAGCUCGCUCUUUCUGGCGUUCCAUUUAGUAACAUAACUUCCCCCUUCUCGGUCGCUUUCUUCUGUAAACCAUGCUUGAUAUUUCCUCGAAAGCCAAGAAAUGACAGUCCCUGGUGA